GAGAUCGUCGAUCGGUACGGUGGUGCGUUUGGUGCGGUUGGUGAGGGUGUCGGUAGUGGUGUAGCGGCGUUCCGCGACAGGGAUACUUCGGGCGAUCGGCUCCUGGUGGCCGUAUCACCGUACGGUGACCGGGACGAGGUACAACUGCAUCAGCAUGCCGCGGUGCCUCAUGGCAAAGAAAUGGAAGGCCUAUCCGUGGCCGGAUCGCGUCGAGGACCCCCAGGAGGAGACCGAUUCCUCGAGCCUCGUGCAGGAGCACGCGACCGAGACCCAUGAGAUACAGACGUCUGCCUCCUUGGAGAAGAGGCAGCACAGGCACGAGCCGGAAGACGAGGAGAUCGACGUCGUCGGGGACACCGACAGCAGACAGGUCGAUCAUCAGCAGACCUGUUGGGGUCCCCACAGUCCUACCGCUGGUGCCACCGCACCUAGCCCACCGCCUCUCAACGCCUCUGGUGCUCUUUACUAUCACGGCUACACGCACGAGUCAUGGAUCAACCACGAGGAGCCGCCAAAGUACGCGACGCUUCGUUCGGCGGCGGAGCUGGCCCGCCCUGUGGUUCCGUCGCCGCCCCCGCCAGCGGCGCCCCAGGAGUUGCCAGCGGUGGUGACCGGGUCCAGUCUGCACCAGCCGCACACAGCCCCGACGACGACCCCCUCGUCGUCCGCGUCGCUGACCUUGCCGCCCAGAAAGAGCCUGUCGAUGUGUUUCACCAGCACCGGGACAGCGCUGUCGCUGCCGCCGAAGAAGAAGGACAUCUAUCGGCCUUAUAGUCUCCAGCCGACGUCGGAGAUCCGCACGUCGGCGGAGGAGGACCUGUCGGCGGCACAGGCGAUCCUCGACCUGAGCGCGUCCCCUGCUGCGCCCACGCACUCGGUCUUCAUCCACACGUUGUCGCCACCACCGCCGCCGCCGCCGCCGCCCACGCAGCAAACAGCGCCUGGGGUCGCGACGACCGGCCAGUUGCAGCCGACCCAGCUGCAAUCGGUGCCCACCGCUCAACCCAUACCGGUCUCGGUGCUGGUCCCGGUUCCCAGCUCGCAGAGCAGCCAGUUGCGACAACAGGAACAGACGCAGCAGCCCCAGUCGCCGGCCACCGCCGAGGCGAACGCGAACAACUGCGCCAGCGGCAGGGAUGGGUCCGGCAACGGCAGCACGAAGACGGUCGCGUACACGUACGAGGCGUUCUUCGUCUCGGACGGUCGUUCGAAGCGUCGCGGCGGCAGCACGAACGGCGCCGCGGUGCCCGAGAAGGAAGCCACGCAGCCGGACAGGCCGAAGUUCGCGUGCACCGAGUGCGGGAAACAGUACGCGACCUCGUCGAACCUGUCGCGGCACAAACAGACCCACCGUAGCCUGGACUCGCAGUCGGCGAAGAAGUGCAUCCACUGUGGGAAAGCGUACGUCAGCAUGCCAGCGUUGGCGAUGCACGUGCUCACCCACAAGCUGGCCCACAGCUGCGGCGUCUGCGGCAAGAUGUUCUCGCGACCGUGGCUGUUGCAGGGCCACCUGCGAAGUCACACCGGCGAGAAACCGUACGGUUGCGCGCACUGCGGCAAAGCGUUCGCCGAUCGUUCGAAUCUGCGCGCCCACAUGCAAACCCACUCCGCCGACAAGAACUACGAGUGCUCGCGGUGCCACAAGACCUUCGCGCUCAAGUCCUACCUGAACAAGCACCUGGAGUCCGCCUGUCUGCGCGACGACGAGAUGCCGCAGCAGCAGCCGGGCGCCAUCAGCAACGCGACGCAGCACCAGCAGACCAGCAACCGUGAUUUGUAGCAGCGCUUCGACGACACGAAGACUACGACCAGGCGCCUCGACGCCCUCGCGGACGCGGUUAGGGAGAGCUAGCGGUCGUUCCCGGCGAUGCCCGGCUAACUUGGGACGGGAGGGGACGAUGGCGAUGAGAGAAAGAGAGAGAGAGAGAAAGAAAAUAAAAAGGUUUGCCGUAGGUUUUAAGUAGAAAAGUGCCAGUAGAGAAUGGAGUAGUAGAGUGGUGUUAACAAGUAAACAAAAAAAAAUAAAAAUUUGGUAGAAUGAGGAAACAUGACAGGUGGUGACAGGAGGAGGAGGUAUCGGUUUCUUAAAUAAUGUCUAACAUUAAUAAAAACGUCCAGUAAUGUUUAAGUCUUACGAAAGAUUAAAAAGAAAAAAAAAAAAACGAGAACGAGAGUGUAACG